AUAGAAAACAACAGUAUGAAUUGUCUUUAUUAAAACAUACUCAAGACUCAAAUGAUGAUUCUAAACAAGAUCAAAUGGCUGUUGAUAGUCUCUUAAAACAAAACUUCAUUGUUAAUUCUUUAUUGUAGAGUUAUCUACUGAAUCCAAUAGACUCAAAAGUGAAAAUGAACAAUUAAACCGUGAAUUAAAACAUUACAAAUCUGUCUAUCAAGAUGUUAACAUGUUACGGAUGGAAAAGGCCAGUCUUGAAUAUAAAUUGUCAGAUUAUCAAGAGUUGCUGACAGCAAAAAUAUCUUUAGAGUACGAAAAUAGUAAAUUGAAGGCUGCUUGUCAUGCAACAACUGCUAUUAAAGAAAGUCCUGAUCUUCUUAAUAAUGUUCGUGGAAAAAAAUAUUUUGAAACUAAAAUCGAAAAAUAUGAAUCUGAAAUAGAUAGCUUAAAGACAGUUAUAAAAGAUUUGGAAACACACUUGGAUGACCUUAAGACGACUAUAGAAGAACAAAAGCUAGUACGUACUGCUGAAGAAUCGGCAAGAAAUUUAUUAGUCAAGAGAGUUGAAGCUGCUGAAAGACAUGCUCGUGUCGUAGAGAAUCAGUUAACUAUUUAUGAUCAUGCUGAAAAGCUUUAUUUAGAUGCAGAGAAAGUGGAUCAAUUAAAGAUAAAGAGAAUUAAUGAGCUUGAAGAGCUUGUUAGAAGUCUUGAAAAACAAUUGUUAGAGCAGACAAAGGAUAUGGCUGAACAGCAAGUAAAGCAAGCCAUUCAAGAAAAGCCAAUUAUUCAAGUGAAUCAUGGUCCUUAUUAUGAGUUAACAUCAGGUGUACGUAUAACAGAAUUUCUAACUGACUUAUUCAACAAGGAAAAAGAGCACUUUGAAGAGCUUACACAAUUAAAUAUAAUCAAGGAAAAUCUCGAAAUGAAAUACAAAGCAGCUGAAGCACAAAUCUCAGAACUUCAAAAGGCUAUUUCAUUAAGGUCAUCUCUUACUUCUAACAAAAUGAUUUCAUCAUCCAUAAAGGUGGAACCUAUAUCUUCUUCAACUGAGUCAGUUCUUCUUUCUGCUACAAAUAAUACUGCUAUGGAUACCACUGUAGAAGAAGCUACUGAUGAUGAUAACAAAAAAUACCGUAUUUUAGAACUCAAAGAUAACCCUGCAUCACGAGAAUAUGCUAUUCGUAAAGAACUCCUUAAUAACCUUCGUCAAGAAAAUCACGAUCUCCGUCAACAACUUUUCACUCAAUCAUCUACUUUGCCUGACUCAUCUUGGACUAAUCUUGAAGCUGAGAAAAGUAGUCUAACGACUGAAUGUGAAACACUUCGAAAACGUAUUAAACGUAUGCUUACGGCCUAUGAUACUAACAUACAAAAGAACAUGACACAUAUUAAAAGUCUACUUGGCUAUAGUGUUUUCUUUCAUGAUAGUGGUUUAAUACGUCUUGAAAGUAUCUGGGCCGAUCCUGUCGAUUUACAUUUUAUGGUCAAGAUUGAUGAUGAAAGUGGGCACGCCAUUUUAAGAAUUACAGGCAAAGAAAGGGAUCGAUAUAUGGCCUAUUUAGAAGAUAGCUAUCAGAUGUAUGUAGUUCAUGAUAGAAAUAUUGCUGCAUUCUUAAGCGCAGCCGCCUUGGAGUUAUAUGUAGAGUACAAAGGAGAAGAACAACUAAAAGAGCGUCAACAAAAAGAACGACAACAACAACAACAACUCGAGCAAGAACAAGUGGAAUUCGAAUUACAAGAAAAUGAGUCAUUAGAGGAUGAGCAGCAGCAGCAGCAGCAACAAGAAUAUCUACAACAAGAUCGCAAGCAACAAGAACAUGAACAAGACGAGAAUAAGCAUGAAGAAGGUCAAGAAUAUGAACGUGAAGAUGAACAACAAGAAUUACAGGAACCACAACAACAACAACAAGAGCAGCAGCAUGAAGAAGAAGUGACUGUCGAGGAAGAAGACUAUGAGUAUGUUGAAGAUGAUGAUAUGCCCGUGGAAGAGGAUGAUAUGCCUGUGGAAGAAGAUGACAUGCCUGUGGAAGAGGAUGACAUGCCUGUGGAAGAAGAUGACAUGCCUGUGGAAGAGGAUGACAUGCCUGUGGAAGAAGAUGACAUGCCUGUGGAAGAGGAUGACAUGCCUGUGGAAGAAGAAUAUAUGCCUGUAGAAGAAGAUGAAUAUGACUAUGAAGAAGGAGAAGAGUCUUAUGUGGAAGAAGAAGUUGAUAUGCCUGAAAUAAUUGAAAAUCAUAAAGGACCAUCAUUUGUGGUUCAUAUUGAUGAUUCUGAAUAAGCUUACAAAUAUCCAUUAAAUAUUUAGACAACAAUAUUCAAUGUUGUUUAACUGGGUUUAAAUUUUAUUUUAUUUUAUUUUAUUUUAU